CGACGCGUAAGUGAGCACCUUACCCGUCUGCAUCCUCGAACCAUGCCCGUCGCCGUCCCGAGACUCCCAGCUGCCCCAGGAGGCAUCAAAUCCUAUUACCAAGCGAAGAUAGAGGCAGCUGAGAUCCUCAUCAACGAGAAGACUCAGAACCUUCGUCGAUUAGAAGCCCAACGAAAUGCUUUGAAUGCGCGUGUCAGACUAUUGCGUGAGGAGCUCCAAUUAUUACACGAGCCCGGCAGCUUCGUCGGUGAAGUGGUCAAAGUCAUGGGGAAGACUAAAGUGUUGGUCAAGGUGCAACCGGAAGGCAAAUACAUUGUCGACUUUGACUCCGAAAUCGACAUGAGCUCGCUGACGCCCACUCUGCGUGUCGCACUCCGUUCCGAUACAUAUACCAUUCACAAAAUCCUACCCAACAAAGUCGACCCGCUCGUGUCGCUGAUGAUGGUGGAGAAGGUUCCCGACUCGACGUACGAGAUGGUCGGUGGCUUGGACAAGCAAAUCAAGGAGAUAAAAGAAGUGAUCGAGCUACCAGUCAAGCACCCGGAACUGUUCGAAGCGUUGGGCAUUGCACAGCCAAAGGGAGUUCUUCUCUACGGACCGCCAGGAACUGGAAAAACGCUUCUCGCACGGGCAGUGGCUCAUCACACGGAUUGCAAGUUCAUCCGCGUCAGCGGCAGCGAACUUGUGCAGAAAUACAUCGGCGAGGGAAGCCGAAUGGUGCGAGAGCUCUUUGUGAUGGCUCGAGAGCAUGCGCCGAGUAUCAUCUUCAUGGAUGAGAUUGAUUCGAUCGGAAGUUCCCGCGGAGAGAGUGGAAGCGGAGGCGGUGACUCUGAAGUUCAGCGGACAAUGCUCGAGUUGCUCAAUCAGCUCGAUGGAUUUGAGCCGACGAAGAACAUCAAAGUCAUCAUGGCUACAAAUCGGAUAGAUAUCCUCGAUUCGGCUCUGCUUAGGCCAGGGCGGAUAGACAGAAAGAUCGAGUUCCCUCCUCCUGGCCCCGAAGCACGAGUUUCCAUCCUUCGCAUCCAUUCCCGCAAGAUGUCACUUCAACGUGGAAUAAAUCUGCGGGCACUAGCAGAGAAGAUGGGACAAUGCUCUGGAGCCGAAGUACGAGGUAUCUGUACUGAAGCAGGCAAGUCGAACCACCUGCGAUGCAUUCUGUGCUGAUUUGGUGCCAGGAAUGUAUGCUUUACGGGAGCGACGCCAGCAUGUUACUCAAGAGGAUUUCGAGUUUGCAGUGGCCAAGGUUCUCAAGAAGAACCAAGAUGGAAACACGUCGGUCAACAAGCUUUUUUCAUAGAUACUUUGUUCUGUGUACCAUUUCGAACCUUGUCAAAGUUCCGAGUGGCUGUGCAACCGGAAGAUGAUGAAAGUUCCGGCUACGUCUGUGAGCAGAUUCCAGCCUCGGAUGAUUCGUGAGACAGCCCGUUGCCAACACAUCGUACCUCCGCGCGAGUCGAAUUUUCGACUUCGGCGGAUCUUCCGCUUCCGCUCUGCACGUUGCCCUCCCUCGUCAGUCCUAGCAUAAAACUCUGCGCCAUAUUCUCCUUCUUCCCUCCUUGAACAAAUCAUCCCACAGUUCUGGCGAAAAAACAUGAACUCUGAUGUUGAGAUGGCGGACCUCCCUCCCUCUUCUUCCACCCACCAGCCUCUUGCCUCCGCUCCCUCUAACGCAGCCUCUCUCCACGACACUUCUCAGUGGGAUGUAGAUGAACCUAUCAUCUCAGCGGAGCACGAGGACUCUGUACUCCUCCUCAACGAAGUCGCUGGAGACGACGAGGCCGACGAUGUCCCCAACGACGAAGACGACAUCCACGCCUCUGGCAGCCAUGACGAAGAAGAACAAGAAGCUGACGUGGCGGAUGGUGGCAUAGAGGAGCCUGAAGCCGGGGAUGACGAUGAGCACGACGAAGAUGGUACCGAGUCUGAGAAUUCGUCGGACGACGCAUCCGAGGAUGAUGUCGACAAGGAUCUCAAGCGUGAAGAAGCCACCGACGAGCAGCUGCUAUCCCAUGGGCCCGCCGACGCUGCCUUGGCAGUCCCUCAGAGCGACGCCGGUGAUGCGGACUCUAAGGGGCCGACCAAUGUUGCCGCGGUUCCACCCACAUCCCCGCUCAGCGCCCCACCCACAUCACCUACCAAAGCUAAGAAGCCUAAGCCCCAAGCCGUGCCUCGCGUCCCGCCUCCACCUCCACCGCCCAUGCAAACUAUUCGUUUGAAUAUCACGCUAGGUGGGCCGGACAAUUACGAAAUCAGCCUGAAGGAUAAGGCACGUGAAGAUGGUGUCCUUUGGGGCGAUUUGGGACCAAAGAGAUAUGCCGAUGAGGACACCAGCGACGAGGACGGCAGCGACGGAGAGGACGCCAAGAAGGAUGCUGAUGGCGAUGUGAAGAUGGAUGCCGAGCCGGCGAAGAAGAAACCUCGAAAGAAGGGCAAGGCUGCAACUGAGUACUACGACGUCAACGACCCCUUCAUCGAUGACUCCGAACUGGCCAUUGACGAACGGACAUACUUUGCGCAGACAAAACAGAAAGGCUUCUAUGUAAGCAGCGGACAAGUCGCCCUUGUCAGGGACAAGCCCAGUCCCAAGAAGAAGACCAAGAAGAAGCUCGGUCCAGCGCUCUCUCUCAAUGUACCGACCAGUACCGCUUCCACCUCCACUCUGAAACCGAGUUCCUCGAUGCCCGCCAAGAAACCAAUGUCGAAGGCUGCUGUCGCUGUCGCUAACAAGGCCAAAUCGGCCAUUGCUGCUGCGUUGGGAACGAAAGACUCGCCGAUUGCUUUGGACGAAGAAGACGAAGUGGAUGGUGCCAAUGGAUCACGUAUCGAUGCUGAAGCAGAAAGUGGAGAUGAGGCUGGGAAAAAGCGCAAACGUUCAUCGACUGCCGCUGGAUCCAUAGCGGACAGCGAUGGUGGACCUGUAAAAAAGCGCAAACCAGUCGAUAUUUCGAGUUUCUCCGCCGAAUUGCAAACAAGCAUCGAGAAGCUGAAGAUUGCAAUCGCACAAGAAUCAUGGGAGACAAAAUCUAAAUUUCCACCAAAUCUGAAGCCUUUGCUGGCAGCAGUCGCACUUCAAGCAGUGGCUCUGGAUGAGUACGACGACACCUUUUUUAGUCUCAUGCCACAUAUCUUUCCGUACAACAAAUUCACCAUGAGCAAACUAAUCAAACGGACAAUAUUCGCCGACCAUACCAAACUUUUGGCAUCGCGUCAAGACGAGAUACUGGAGCAACUCCGUGGGAUGGCUGCUGAGGGGUUUCCCCGCGCUCAAGAAGAGUGGGAGCGUAGCAUGUCCAAUUAUGAGGAAAAGCAGAAGGAAAAGGCCGCCGCCUUGGUCAAUGGCAGUCCUGAGGGUGACGGGUCCGGUUUGUCACGUCAGGCAACAGAGGAUCCUGAUCCUGAGAAGGAAAAACCAGAACGCGAGCCGGGGACCGGACCCGGCAAGGGUGGAGCGCAUCAUGGCCCUCCGCUCAAGAAAUAUCGCAUGACGGAAGCUAUGAAGUCUCAAGUCUGGCAGCUAGUCUUGCUGAGUAACGAAACUUGUCGCUUGGAGAAUGAAAAGAAUCAACUCGAGGGCUCUGUACUCCAAGUCAGCGAACAGGGUCUGCGAAAGACACUUUAUCAACGAAUUGUAAAUGCAUUCCCAGAGGGUUGGAUGUCUUCAGGACAAAUCUCACGUGACGUGAGUGCCAUGAAGAAGAAGCUCGAAAAGGAGGCAGCGGAAGAGCAAUGAUGCGGACAGCCUUACUUAGUAUAAUAUAUACCGUAUUCGUAUCCUGUACACAUUCUUUUUUGCCCAUGAUGGGGCGAAAGUGUAUCCUCAGCCAUCACCAAUUAAAACUACCGGGAUUGAGCAUGCG